UUUUUUAUAUAGUUACUUGACAAUAACUUUGCUUAGUUCGUCUGAAAGUAUUAAAAUUUACUGCUGCCAUUUCUAUUUUUGGAUUAACUGCAAGGAAGUUGGAUAGUGGAUGUUUGGCAAAUAAUAUGAUGAAAGUCUGUUUGAUCAUUAACUUAGAAGGACAUUUUCGCUCCUCAUUCAUUUUAAAUUUCAGUUGCUUAGAGGCAUGGUUUUUACAUCUAAUUGUGCUUUUUACUUUUUCCUGCCAGAUUUCUGUUUUGAUGGUAGUGACCAACUCUCAGAAGGAAUCGAUGAGAAGCUUAACAUGCUUGCAAUGAAAUGCAUGCUUUUAACAUACUUCACUGAUGAAGUUGGUGUGUUCUUUGAUUCUUAUAUUUACUGAAGUUUGGGUCUUAACACCAAAAUGGUUGCAGAGAACGCAACAUAUUUCGAGGAUGUUGUGAUUCUUUGAGUUAGUUGUUGGAAUGCUUUAUAAAAGUUGAAAGCUUGUUGAACUAAAACUUGUGAGGUUUACAAAAAAUAGCUAAGAUGGGGUCGCUGUGUUGUGUGGCUGCAAGGCCGCAUGGGCCUAAUGCAGCCAGUAGAGAGUGGUCCAUAGGCCCUCAGGAGCCAUAUUGGCGAACUAAUACCAGUUUCUCGCCACCUCCUUCGAGAUGGGAUUUCCAUUUUGAACCUGAUGGAUUGUCAUAUAGUUCAUAUGAUGGGAGUCAAUUGUAUGGAUCUUCUACAUCUCCAAACAGCAAAGAAAGUAGGGGCUGGGUGAGGAGAAACCUUCUUUACAAUCAUCAAUAUUCUGCAUCUGAUGGUGCUGGGACCUUUUUAAGUAAUCCAUCUGACAUUUCUCUGGGUCCACAGUGGACACCUCCAGUAAUACAAGAAAUCACUCUCGAUGAUUAUGAAACUGCAACGAGAAUAGAUCAAGUUGGUGAGCAAUUACCCUUCACUUCUAUUGUUGAGGGGACUUCAACAAAUGCAGAUAGUGGAGUCUCCACUUCAUCUUAUUCGGACAGUAGUGAGUCUGAGCCCAUGGUCAGGCAAUGCUUGUCAUCUCAUCGCAAUAUUUCAAGUCGGUAUUGCUUUAUGUCCAAGCCUAUUCACCCCUUGUCCUUUCCCACGGAGACUCCUUCCACAGAAGCCUUGGAGUCUACAGUUGCAGGGCUUUCAGAUGAUACAGCCACACCACAGAGAGAUGCCCAUAACUGGAGCAGUGCUAGCAGCAGCAAUGAUAUUGCAGAUAUUUCUGAGCAAUUUGAACCUUUGGUGUUCAGCCGAUCAUGUGUCCCAUCUAGUGGUUUUAAAUGUGGUUUGUGCGAGAGAUAUCUCUCACAGAGAUCGCCUUGGAGUGCUCGUAGGAUUGUAAGAAGUAGUGACAUGCCUGUUGCCGGGGUUCUUUCAUGCGGGCACACUUUCCAUGUAGAAUGUUUGGAGCAGGCAACACAAAAGACUCGUAUAAGUGACCCUCCUUGUCCUGUAUGUUUCAAACUCGAAGAGCAAAAUUCUCCAGAGAACCGAGUCUUAUCUAGGUUUAGGAAUAGCAUCUCAAGGCUUAGACCAUUUUCUGAGGAUGGGCCAUCAAGAUCUUGGAGCUGUGCACAGGUGGGAGAUUGUGUUCAAGGGGCUUUGCAGCCUCCCCCACGGAGUACCAUGCUAUUGCUUAACCAGAGUCGCAUGAAGAAAAAUAUCUUUGUGAAGGUUAAUUCGAGUAAAGAAUUUCCCGGUGAACUGAGGAAAAGUGGUUCGGCGUCUUUGCAACUUUUUAGUGGGAAGUCAAUUGAUCAAGGUGCAGUCGGGUGCUCAAAGACAAUUGCGGGUCCAAGUAUGAAGAGUUGAAACUUGGCAUAUCUAUGAAGGUUGAAUGGAUGCUGAAUGACAUUUAAUCGAGUGAAAAUGGGAGUGGAAAAUAGUUGUUGUAUAGAUAUUAAUUUGUGGAAAACUAGGGUUGAAAUCUGUCAAUUUCGGUUGUGUUAUACUAUUUACUUAUGAUGACGGAAGUGCUGAAUGUGUAAACCAAAUUUCUUC